AUGGGAAUAGCUGCACUUGAACAAUUUAGUUCGAUGGCUCAUUUUGUUCCACUUUACCUUCAAGAUCAACAAUUGACAAAUCAAGUUUUUUUAAUAAAGCAUGAUUCAACAGGUCCAAAAGAUGCUCACACGAGUGUACUUGUUGAUGUAGCUGGUACAUCAACAGCCACCAACAUUAAAGGUGUGUUAUGUCAUGUCGUAGCUAACCUCAAUGAUGGUCAAAUUCCUCAUUCUACAAGUUUCAAAUGUGAUUAUUGGGAGUCACAAAAAUCACGAUUAACAUUGGCAUACGUUGGAAAUCUUGCAGAGAGUAAGUAUAUAGGUGGUGUUGAGCCAUUACCACAAUAUCUCAAUAAUCCAUGGAUGCAAAAUGGUAUUCAUCAACAUUUAAUUAAUCGUCAAAUUGCAGCUGCUUAUAAACAAUCAUUACUUUAUUUUUUAACAAGUUCUUUAUAUUCUCACAUGGCUGAACUAUAUGAUCAAAAAUAG